UCUUGUGUUGUGCUUCGUUGCUGCCAGCGCAACAUCAAUCGGUUUUCAUGAUGGUCGCGAAGAACUAGUUCUAGACUUAUACAAAGACAAGCUUAACUAUUUCAAUAGUUUUCUUGGACAACAUGAAAUUAAUAACUUAGUGCAAGAAAAUGUAUCACUUAAAACGCGACAAAAUUUACGUUACGCUGCGAUCCAUUUCACAGACUUACGGAGCGAGAUAUCCGAGUGGUGCAUCUCCAAUUAUGUUGGCAAAGCAUUUGUAUCAAAAGUGGUUACAGAAUUAACUGAAAUGAAGUUAUACUUUGAUUUAAUACCGAGUGACAAUUAUGCAUGUAAUGUUCAUAGCUCAGAUACUGGAAGCCAAUCAACGUUUAUUGACAAAUUAUGCAAAGCUAACGAAAUAAUAAACGAGGCCAUACACCUGAUUAAUACUGCCAACCAAUCUAAUUUCAAUAUGGGCAAUGUAAUUUUAAAAUGCAAUUCUCUUAGCAACAUAAGUCCGACAAAAUUACCUAAUUCCAUUGAAACAGCAACCACCAGCUGCACACUUACCACUCCAACAAUACAACCAACUACAAUUUCACCAUCAGUAGCUCCACCUCCAGUAGCUACGCCUUUUCAUGAUGGUCGCGAAGAAUUAAUCCUAGACUUAUACAAAGACAAGCUUAACUAUUUCAAUAGUUUUCUUGGACAACAUGAAAUUAAUAACUUAGUGAAUGAAAAUGUAUCACUUAAAACGCGACAAAAUUUACGUGACGCUGCGAUCCAUUUCACAGACUUACGGAGCGAGAUAUCCGAGUGGUGCAUCUCCAAUUAUGUUGGCAAAGCAUUUGUAUCAAAAGUGAUUACAGAAUUAACUGAAAUGAAGUUAUACUUUGAUUCAAUACCGACUGACAGUUCAGCAAGUAAUGUUCAUAGCUCAGAUAUUGGAAGCCAAUCAACGUUUAUUGACAAAUUGUGCAAAGCUAAAGAAAUAAUAAACGAGGCCAUACACCUGAUUAAUACUGCCAACCAAUCUAAUUUGACUAUGAGCAAUAUAAAUUCAAAAUGCAAUUCUCUUAGCAACAUAAGUCCGACAAAAUUACCUAAUUCCAUUGAAACAGCAACCACCAGCUACACACUUACCACUCCAACAAUACAACCAACUACAAUUUCACCAUCAGUAGCUCCACCUCCAGUAGCUACGCCUUUUCAUGAUGGUCGCGAAGAACUAGUUCUAGACUUAUACAAAGACAAGCUUAACUAUUUCAAUAGUUUUCUUGGACAACAUGAAAUUAAUAACUUAGUGAAUGAAAAUGUAUCACUUAAAACGCGACAAAUUUUACGUUACGCUGCGAUCACUUUCACAGACUUACGUAACGGGAUAUUAGAGUGGUGCAUCUCCAAUUAUCUUGGCAAAGCAUUUGUAUUACAAGUGAUUACAGAACUGUCUCAACUGAAGAGAUACUUUGAUUCAAUACCGACUAACAGUUCAGCAAGUAAUGUUCAUAGCUCAGAUAUUAGAAGCCAAUCAACGUUUAUUGACAAAUUGUGCAAAGCUAAAGAAAUAAUAAACGAGGCCAUACACCUGAUUAAUACUGCCAACCAAUCUAAUUUGACUAUGAGCAAUAUAAAUUCAAAAUGCAAUUCUCUUAGCAACAUAAGCCCGCCAAAAUUACCUGCUCUUAUUGAUACAACAACCACCAACUACGAGCCACCUACCCACUGUGAAUCUACCACUCCACCAACUGUAGACUGCCAGCCAACAACAACAUCGCAACAAACUACACUUCCAGAACAAGGAUGUGGACCCAGUAAUAAACAAUAUUUAAAAAUGUUGAAUGCCGGAUGCGAAUGGCCAAAUAAUUAUUGCGAAGCGUAUUUAUCCAAAUCUACAAUGGAAGAAUUAAACCAUGGCUGUAUAAUGGGAAAUGCCAACGUGUUACCAACUUUUUUGACGCCAUCGACUACUCACAUAGAUCAGAAUGUAGUCGACGUAUAAUUAAAUUUAUUGCGCAUCAUUGGGCUCAAAAUAUAAAUACAUUGAGCGAUAAUCAGUUUGCUAAAUUGUCUGUCUGCCUG